AUGGCCAAGAGAAGAUCAAAGAAUAGAACACAUGUUGUACAAACUGAAACUACAUUGAAAGGUAUUCCCAAGUCUAUGGUCAUUAGAGUUGGCCAAACUUCGUUUGCCAAUCACUCAUUGAACCAAUUAGUAAAGGAUUUUCGCCAAAUUAUGCAGCCACAUACUGCUAUUAAACUAAAGGAACGUAAAACUAACAAAUUAAAAGAUUUUGUAGUUAUGUGCGGUCCAUUAGGCGUUUCACAUCUAUUUAUGUUCACUCAAAGUGAAAAAACCGGUAAUGUAUCACUAAAAGUUGCCAGAACACCACAAGGUCCAACUAUUACUUUCCAAGUAGUGGAUUAUUCGUUAGAUAAAGAUAUAAAGAGAUUUUUAAAGAGACCCAAAUCGUUAAAGAGCGAUGACGUUUUAGAUCCACCAUUAUUAGUUUUAAAUGGGUUCACUACGCUAAAAAAGAAUGCUCCAAAUGAAGUUAAUGAAGAAGAUAAAGAAAAAGAAAAUGUUGAAAAAGUUAUUGUAUCAAUGUUUCAAAAUGUUUUUCCACCAUUGAAUCCAAGUAGUACAAGAUUAAACAGCAUUAAGAGAGUCUUUUUAAUCAACAAAGAUAAAGAAACAGAUGAAAUUUCAAUGCGUCAUUACUAUUUAGACGUUAGAGAAGUUGAAAUUUCAAAGAAUUUAAAAAGAUUAUAUAAAUCCAAGCAUAAUCUAAGUAAAUCAGUACCGAAUUUAAACAGAAAAGAAGAUAUUUCAUCAUUAAUUCUUGAUCAUGAUAUCGGUGCUUAUACAUCAGAAAGUGAAAUUGAAGACGAGCAAAUUGUUAAAGUUAUUGAUACAAAGGAUAUAAGAGCUAGAAAGUCUCUAAUAAAUAAAAACAAAAUUGCCACAGAAAAAGAUGAAGAAAAUGCUAAGGAAGCUGAGGAAGAUGAAGAUACCGUAAAGCAAGAAGAAACACGAGAAGAAUUAGAUGAUGAUGAGCCGAGUAUGGCGCCCAGAAAGAAAGCCAUUAAAUUGACUGAAUUGGGUCCAAGACUAACAUUAAAAUUAGUAAAAAUUGAAGAAGGUAUUUGUUCUGGUAAAGUGUUACACCAUGAAUUCGUUCAAAAAACAAGUGCUGAAAUUAAAGCCUUAGAAAAAAAGCAUGCUGAAAAGAUGAAAUUAAAAGAAGCAAGGAAGAAAGAACAAGAGGAAAAUAUUGCUAAAAAGAAAGCUGUUAAGGACGCUAAGAAAGCCCGUAAAGAUGAAAGAAGAAAAAUUAGAAAAAUGCAAGAAGAAAAUAAUGGCAAGAAUGGAGGAGAAACUAUUGAAAGUAACGAAGAUGAGAACAGUAGUAGUGACAGUGAUAGUGAUGAUGAAGCUCAUUAUGGAGAUGUUCCAGAGGAUAUUGAUUCCGAUUUAUAUAGUGAUGUCGAUGUCGAAUAG